AUGUCUGACAGAUAUCCACCUGUGUCAGGUGGCAGAGUUGUAGGAGGAAAGUGUUUACCAUUUAGCUUCUACCAUUGGAUGUUACCUCACUUUACCAAGGAUGACUUCAGUUCAGAGGUGCUGGAGGAUGUCAUGGUCUACUUUGGAAGUGCAGUGCAUGAUCCAUUGGGUGAUCUCAUCUGGUUCAUGUACAAAGAGAUGGUUGGUGUGACCAAGGGCAGUCUGAUAUAUAUUGUCUUCUGCAAGAAAUAUCCUGCCAUUUGUCAGGUCUUCACUGGUAUACAAAUGGUCAUCAACUACUGGCUUUUGCAUAAUGAUUUCAGUAACAGCAAUGGUGAUCUAUUGCUGGACUGA